ACAAAGCAAGCACAACGAGAAAACGCUAUUCACAUAACAAUUCCUUCACGAAAAUGCACUCAUCUAUCGUCAUUCAUUAACCUCUUUUUAUCUCUUUAUAUUCCCAACUUUAAUUUCCCUCACAGAAAAAAAAAUUAAACAGUGUGUAAGGGAAGAAAAAAACAUGUCUGAAACAUCGGAUUCCAAAGCCACAGUGGUGGAAGAUUGUCGUAGCGUUCUUCAUGUUUAUAGCGACGGCUCCAUAAUACGCUCUUCACGCCCAAGCUUCAAUGUACCUGUAAUCGACGACGCCUCUGUUUUGUGGAAAGAUGUCGUUUUUGCCCCUGCCCAUGAUCUUCAGCUUCGGCUCUAUAAGCCAGCCGACUCAACCGGCUCCAAGCUUCCUGUUUUCUUCUACUUUCACGGUGGCGGCUUUUGCAUCGGCUCGCGCACUUGGCCUAACUGUCAAAACUAUUGUUUUCAGCUUACUUCUCGGCUUCGAGCCGUAGUCAUUGCCCCAGAUUAUCGGCUUGCCCCCGAGAACCGGCUCCCCAGUGCAAUUGAGGAUAGCUUAUUGGCUGUUAAGUGGCUUCAAACUCAAGCCUUGAGCAAUGAGCCGGACCCAUGGUUGAGCUAUGUGGCUGAUUUUAGCCGGGUCUUCAUUUCGGGUGACUCGGCCGGAGGAAACAUAGCUCACCACUUGGCGGCUCGGCUUGGGUUUGGGUCGCCUGAGUUGACUCCGGUUCGGGUCAAAGGUUAUGUUCUAUUGGCUCCUUUCUUUGGUGGAACUAUCCGAACUAAGUUAGAAGCUGAAGGCCCAAAAGAUGCUUUUCUCAAUUUAGAACUUAUUGAUAGGUUUUGGAGGCUUUCUGUACCUGUUGGGGAAACUACUGAUCACCCUGUUGUGAAUCCGUUUGGCCCUUAUAGCGAGAGCCUUGAAGCAAUUAAUUUCGACCCAAUUUUAGUAGUUGCUGGGGGAAGUGAUUUGCUUAAAGACAGGGCAGAGGAUUAUGCAAGGAGGCUUAAGGAGUGGGGUAAAGAUAUAGAGUAUGUAGAAUUUGAAGGACAACAACAUGGUUUCUUCACUAUUGAUCCCAACUCGGAACCAUCAAACAAGUUGAUGCUGAUCAUCAAACAAUUCAUAGAGAAGCAUUUCGGGAAAGUUUGAAGGGCUUCAACACAACUAGUCUACUACAACAUGUAUGUUUACUGUAGUAGCUUUUACUCUUGCAUUUGUAACUCCAACAAUGUUUUAGGUACGAGUGAUGAAAAGGGACAAAAUAACAUUUCUAAGCCUCAAGUAUGCAUUGCACAAAAGAUGUGUUAAAUUACAAUUGUAAUAAAACUUUGCCCUUCAAAGCUAAUAAUAUAUCCUGCAAUUUCUCUGAGCCA